AAUCACAAUUGUAAUUUGUAAACCUUCGGCGUCCGGUACUCCAGCGACCCGCGGACCGGGUCACACUGUUUUUCGAAUAGCCUGCGCGUGCGGCGACAACCCACUGACGCCAAACCAAACAAUAGAAACGCGCGCAUUUUGUGGUCGACGACUCGAUGACUGUACAACGGCCGCAUAGCGCGACAAUACGGCGUCCGGUAUAUUUAAAAAAUAUCGAGGCUGUGCGAAUAAUCAUAUGGUCCUUUGUCGAUUGCUAAAUAUUCCUACGACCCUACGUCCCGAUCUCCGACUACCUUGAAGCCAUCUUCUGACUACGGAUCGAUUUUUUGACCGCUGCUUCGCACACAGAUACUGACUUCGUUCAACGACGGUGAGUGAAUCACUUUUACUGUAUAUUUCCCCUCCCUUACUAGCCGUUUACGAAACGAUAUAAUAAUACCGCUUUAAUCAUCCGCCUAUUUGCUGUGUCGUUUUUAUAGCUCGUUCUUUUCUACUCUGGCACUUUCCAGUUAUUAUAUUUUUUAGGUAUUAAGUACUAGGUACCUGCAGCCGCAACGACGCACACAGAGGAGGGUUAUGGUAUGAACGUGUUUUUCUUUCGGUUUUUCACAUUUGAUGAGAAAACUUCUGAAAAAAUCGAAAAAUAACCUCCAUAAAGUACCACUCCAAGAAUAUUUUCUUUUAGAACCACGGUCUAUAUCGUAUACAUCCGAGUAAGAUUUUUGGCUAAAACAGUGUUUAUGAAAAAAAGUAAAAUAAUCAUCUUUGUAAAACCAAUACAUUCUUCGCUCUUUUUGGAAAAAAUAUAUUCUAGAUAAGUAGAGAUGGUGAAUGUCCAAGAUAGAAUAUUAUUUUUAUUUUUAAUUCGAAAGCAUAUUAUUGUGUUAAUAUUAUGUCGAUUGACAACCAUUGUAAAUUUAAUAAUUGUGGUAGGUAUUGGUUGCUUCUCAAGUUUUCGUCUCCGUAAAUUCAGCCAUUAAGUGCCGCGUGUCAUCGUGCGCAUUGGUUUUGUUGUAUCGAGAGGCAGGAGCCGGACGGUGUNAGGAUUGAGUAAGGAGAGUGGAUAUGGUCAGCCUCUAGCUAAUUAUAGAUAAUAUCGUGCCCACGACGAAUGACUGAUAUUAAUUGUCUAUAAUGGCCGUAACUCGUUUGGGUUUUACGAACAAAUGAAAACAUUGUAUACAGGCGUACUAUUUUCAUGGUGUUUCGUAGUGCUUGACAAAUUUUUGUUCGGGGAGGUGAUAUUUAUUUAGACAAAAAUUAGAUUUUUCUUUGCAUCCUCAAAUUUGAGAAAAAAAAAUCAUCUCAUUUAAUAAAAUAAAUUAACGUCCGCCGAAGCCGUACUAUCCAAUUUUCACCCAUUCUUUUUAAUUUAAUUCUAACACGGGCAAAACCAAAAAUGAAUAGUUAUAAUAAAAUUGGUAUUGGCCAUGCCAGAACCAUAAAAAUUUAAAUUUAGGUUGGUGACUUCACGGUGUUCUUUUAUAAAUAUAAUUAAUUCAUUGCCCUCUGUUUUCAUUUUUGGUACCUAAUUGUUUUAUUUAUCAUAACUUACAGAUUUAAUACACAAUAUGGACCAACAGGAUGUACAGCACAGACAGACCCUCAAUAAAGACGAUACCAUGGAAUCAAAGUUAGAAUAUGUAGUUGGUGAUGUUGUUUGGGCUAAACUGAUGGGGUGCCCAUUUUGGCCGGCCAUUGUCACUUACGAUCCAGUAUCCAGAUUGUUUUUCAAAGGUUCGUGUAACAGAAAAUACUUCAUAUUUUGUUGUUGACGAUAUGCUAAAUAUUUUAAUAGAAUCUAAAAUUUGUUUUGCAUUUUACAUUAGCAAGUCCUAUUAGUUGUUUUCCAAUAUGAAGUUUGACAAAUAAGUUAUUUAGGGGAACCUAUACAUACGUUAAAAAAUUCUGUUGUUUGUCUUCUUCUCAUUUAAGAGGAUUUAAAACCCACUUUGUGCUAUUAUUUUUUUCUGACAUCAUACAAAUUUUUCGAGCCCUUUUCAAUUAUAAUAUUUCUCACAUGUAUAUCUUAACUAAAAAUUUAAAUUGAUAAAAAAAAAAAAAAAAAACUAGUGUACAAAUUCAGCUAAUGUUUUUCCGGAUAAGCUUACUGAUACAAUUCAUUCUAAAAUUGAAACUUAUGAAUUUUGAUCUCGAAUGACUUUUAUAUCUUACAUGAUUAUUGAUGGGGACUUUUGAUAUUAAUGAAGACAUUUUACCCAUCGUUUAGGAAGUAGUUAUAAAGAUUUAUGCCACAAUUCGGCUUAGUACCAAUUAAUUUUUCCAAUUGCAAUUAUAAUUUGAUUAGACCUUUGAACUUGCUGAAGAGAAUCCAUCAAAUAUAAUUUCAGGGAAAAUAAUUCGUAAAAAUGAUAAACAAGAUACUAUGUACUUAUUUAACCUUUUUUUUUAUUGAUUUUCAGGGGAAAACAAUACGUUUGCUCUACAUGUGCGAUUUUGUAACUUUUAUGGCCAAAGAAGUUGGGUGACGAUUGUUGAAAAAUAUUGUUCUGAACAAGAUCUUGUUUCAAAACACCCGGAUUGUAUGGUAAGCCUUAUUAAAAGUUGUUAACUACUUUACAUUUUAAUUAAUUUUCAAAUACUUACUUUUUUCGUCAUUCAGUAAAUCAACCUGUGAUGUAUCUUCGUAAGUUUAAUUAGGUCUAUUUAUAUUUUUAACAUUUUUUAUGAUUAUAUGGUAUUGUUAUAUUGAUUAUUUAAAUAUAAUUGACAUAUUUUAUUAAAACCUACUCUUCAUUGUAUCUCAAAAUAUUUAAACAUUUAUUUAAUGAAUGUUUGUAGGUUUCUUUAAAGAAAAGUAAGGAAGAAAUGAUUUCUUGGCAUGCCGCUGUGGAAGAAGCUGACCGUUUGAUGACCUUCAAUAGGUAAUAUUAUUCUGUCCUUUCGUUAGACCAUAUAUUACUAUAUUUACUUUUCAAAAACUCAAAAUGACCAACAAAGGAUGGUGCUUCUCUUGUGUGGCUUGUGAAUGCUCAAAAAAAAUUAUUAUUGUACAGAUAAUUUAAUACCUAAUUUCUUUAAUCAUUAAUAACUUGUUAUUGCGGUAUUUCCCUAAGAUAUAAAAUCAUUUAAUUAUAAUUUAUAUUAUUAAUAUGCCAACCCUUUUUUUUUUAAAUAAUGCGUAAUUUUUAUUUCAUAAAAUAAGCAUUACAAAAUUAAUUUUAUUCAGAAAUUAAUAAUAUCUUAUUAUAUAAUUAGCCUUAAUAUUACGUGUAGCAUUAUCAAUUAAGUUUUCUGUAAUUCUAUUUAAACCGUUAAAAUAUUUACUGCACUUGUUAAUUUUUAUUGUGUUUGUUAAUUAUGCUAAGAUCUAAGGUAGGUAUUCAAAAUUGUUGAAAUUAUAAUCGUUUUGUAUUUUAAAUUAGUUUUAUUAUUGUUAUACUUGAGAUGUUAAAAAUUGUUUGAAUUUAAAAACAAUCAUACUGACUUUUUAACUACUAUUUGCUUGCUAGAUAAUUUAAUUCUGUUUACAUUAAAUAUGAAGUUAAGUUUCAAUAAUGUAUAUUUUGAAGACUAAUGUAAGAAAUGUGAUUGAGAAAUAAUGGUAGGUACAAUGUUAUUGAAUUUUGUACAAUAAUAGAAGUCCAGAAGCCACACUGAUGAGAUUGUAGAGUACAUCACUGUUGUAUGAUUGACAUAUUUACAAAAGUAUUUAUGUCUAUAGUUUAACCAGUCACCAUCUUAUCUUUUCUAUGAUAGUCACUUGACUUAGUUUUAUAGCGACUCCAUAGGUAAAGCCUUUUUAGUAGUAUAAGGUCUAUGUGUGAUUUGAUUGAGAAAUAAUGGUAGGUACAAUGUUUAUUGAAUUUUGUACAAUAAUAGAAGUCCAGAAGCCACACUGAUGAGAUUGUAGAGUACAUCACUGAUGUAUGAUCCACAUAUUCAUAUCUAUAGUUUAACCAGUCACCAUCUUAUCUCUUCUAUGAUAGUCACUUGACUUUGUUUUAUAGCUACUCCAUAGGUAAAGCCUUUUUGGUAGUAUAAGGUCUAUAUUUGUUCCUGAAUUCACACUUUUUUAGUUAUUCAAAAAUAAAUUACAUUUUUCAGAGAGGAGAGAUUGUUACGNCCAUCUUAUCUUUUCUAUGAUAGUCACUUGACUUAGUUUUAUAGCGACUCCAUAGGUAAAGCCUUUUUAGUAGUAUAAGGUCUAUAUUCCUUCCCGAAUUCACACAUUUUGAGUUAUUAAAAAAUAAAUUACAUUUUUCAGAGAGGAAAGACUGUACCAUCUUUGUACUUUAAAGGAUUCUUCCCCUAUUGAAGAACGUGGUAUAUAUGGUCCUGUAAGUUUUAUAUUAAUUACAGUGCCGCAUUUAUUACAGAAUUGUUUUUGUUCAUAGGCACUAGGAGAGUCUGAAGUAAGAUCUAGUGGGGUUUACUGCCUUGAUGUAAAUGAAUGUUUUAGCCCAAAAGUCCGGAAAGCCACUUAUUCCCAUGUAGAAGAAUUAAGAUCGGAUCAUUUAGAUCUUGGUUCAGAUGACACACGUCUUUUAUUAGCUGAGAUCCGCAAAAGUGUAAAGUGAGGAAUAUAAAUUCAAAUUAAUGUACUACUCUAUAAUUUUAUUACUGAACUAACAUUAUUCACUUUGCUUAUAAUAACUCGUAUUAUUUACACAGUUUGUUACAUAAUAGUUCCAUAUUUUGUAUUUUUAGUACAUUGGAAAGACUAUUAAAAGACUAAAAUUGAUAGUUGCAAACACAGAAAGAAAAAGAAGAUGGACUCAAAAUAUUUUCAAAUUAUAAUAACUAAUAAAUUGGCACAUAUUUCUAAGUACAGAAUUAUAUUUUAUAUUUUGUCUUAAUUUUCAUUUUUAAACAUAUAACAUUCCUAUAAUAAUAAGUGUGAUUACAUAUAAAUUUAAAAUUAGGUAACAAUAGUUCAAUAUCAUAUCCAUGCUCCUAAAAACAAUAUAUAAUAAAUAUUGUCUUAACGAGGUUGGAUUUUAAAAUUAAAGCAAGAUAUAAUAAAUGUAACAAAUUUAAGAGGAUUUGUUUACACUAUUUCAUUAUUAAUUACUAAUUUUAUUAUUGUAUAUACUAUGAUGCGAAUAGUAGAUAAUAAGGGUAGUAUUAUAUUUUAAUAAUUAUAUUCUUUCUGAUUUCCUUUUAUUAUUAUAAUACUAAAGUUUAUUAUUGUAACACAUAGUUUUUAUAAUUUUGAAAAUAAAAUACACAUACAAAAAAUUAUUUUGGAUUUUUUUUUUUUAUCUUUGGAUCCGCUCUUGAGUGUAGCAUUUUAUAUAUUAUACUUGAAUGUAAUAAAUAUUAUUUUUAUUAUGAUUUUUCUCAUUGUUAUUGUUACUUAUAAUUUUCUAAUGAUGUAUAACAAAACAUAAUUUAAAAAUAAAUGAUGUGGAAUGGAGAGUUCAAACAUUGGCUAAAAGAAUAAAUAAAUUAUAAACAUUCUUUCUAUUGAUUUUUCUGGUUGCAUUUUAUAUCUAGUUGGUGAGUGUUUGUGGUGGGUUGUUACUGCUGUAUUCGGUACAACCUAACGAUUACAUUGGUGGAACGAGUACAUUGAUCUUUCCAUAUUCAUUUCAUCAGUACAAAGUUACUAACUACAAAAUAGUCCCCAAUGAUUACUGAUUACUGAUUACUGACAGUAGUGGAAUAGUAANGAGUUAUCAUGAUCAUAGAUGUAAUAAGUCGGUCCCACAUGAUUCGUGUACUCAGCGAAUAAUCGUAAUGCUUUAAGACUACGAGUCUUGUAGGAGGUAUUUCAUCAAAUUUUUAUCUAUAUAAUUUAUUUAAGUUUAGGCAAGUACCUAAGUUAAUAAAACGGUAGUAAUUUUUAAUUAGGCAUUUCAAAUGUAUAUUUAUUAUUUAUAUUAUAAUACUGGAAAAAUAGUGAAUCUGUUACAGAUUUAAUUAUCUAAAGCUAAUUUUUUUUCAAAUACAGUAAAAUAAUGUCGUAUAAUAGAACUACGAAGUACGAAGCAUAUUCGUUAAUAAAUAUCCAUAUCAAGAAUGAGUACACAUUUAAAUAUAUUAUGUAUUUUGAACAAUACGAAUCCGAGUACAAAUGUAACUAAUUAAAGAAUGUACCGAUGUAACGAGUAUUUUGGAAUCGGUACUGUACAGUAACUGUACCGAUUAGAACGAUUCCACUAAAGGAAUNAAGAAUAUAUAAAUUAUAAACAUUCUUUCUAUUGAUUUUUAUCUUACGACUAACAAUUUAAACUAGUAUUGAGAUUUAAUUUUAAUGGAUACCUAUUGAAAAUUAAAAAAAUAAUUUAAGGAAUGUGUUAACUUAAAAAUUGUGGUAAUCCUGAUCUACUUGAGAUUUAUUUUCAAUGACAUUAAGAAUUUAAUUAUUGAAAACAAUGUUAUAACAUAUUGAAGAGGGUAUUGAUGGGGAAUGUAGCUUAGAAAAUACUAGAUCAUAGUGUAUUAAAAAUGUAAGUAUUUUAUUUUCAUGCGGUUUAGAAUUUCUGGGAUAAACUGGAAACACAAUUAUAGGAAAAAUAUCAAAUAUUUAAUUUACCCUUAUUUGUAUACAUUUUAUAUCUAAUUCGUGAGUAUGCAUGUCAGUUUUUGAUUUUCCUUAAUUUGAAAUGUUUGAGUUUUUCUUUAAAGUCUAAUCGGUUNAUAAGGUCUAUAUUUGUUCCUGAAUUCACACUUUUUUAGUUAUUCAAAAAUAAAUUACAUUUUUCAGAGAGGAGAGAUUGUUACGUUUUUGUACUAUCUAUAAAUUGGACUUUUCUAAAGAACUUAAUAUAAAUGGUCCUUCCGAUGAUCCUGUAAGUUUUUAUAUAACUACUGUAUUCCAUUAAGUACAUAGUUGUUUUUGUUUAUAGGCACCACAAAACACUAAUUUAAAUUCUAAUGGGGUGUUCCAUAAUGAAGCUGCACCAGUUAUUAUAAGAAAUGAAAAUAUUCAGAAUAAUGACACCACUGAUGGCAAUGAGAGCGAUGACUCUGAUUACAGUGCUGCUAAUGCAUUGGAAAUUGCAGAUCUAUUACUUCAAAAAUAUGGAUUUUCACAAAAUGAUGCGAAACCCGAAAAGGAUGAGUUAGAUUUCAAGAAAUUGGAAGUUAGUCCCCGCAACUAUCAUUUAACAUUGGAGCUCAUGGAAAAAAUAUGGUGAAGAAUAUAAAUUCAAAUUAAUGUUUCUAGGCUAUAAUUGUAUUACUGAACUAACAUUAAUCUUUUUACUAAUAAUAACUCUUAUUAUUUACAUAGUUUGUUAUAUUAUGGUCCUGUAUUUUGAAUUUUUAGGGCUAUGGAAGAAAGAGAAUAUCGAGAGUUACAAAUUCAGAAACAAAAAGAUGAACUCAAAAGAUGUUUAAGAUAUUGACACAUAUUUCUAAGUACAGAACUAUAUUUGAUAUUUUGUAUUAAUUUUCAUUUUUAAACUUAAUGUAUUUAUUAAACAUAUAACAUUCCUAUAAUAAUAAGUGUGAUUACAUAUAAAUUUAAAAUUAGGUAACAAAAGUUCAAUAUCAUUUCCAUGCCCCUAAAAACAAUAUAUAAUAAAUGUAACAAAUUUAAGAAGAUUCUUUUACACUAUUCCAUUAUUAGUUACUAAUUUUUAUCAUUGUAUAUACUAUGAUGCGAAUAGUAGAUGAUAAGGGUAGUAUUAUAUUUUAAUAAAUAAUUUCUUUCUGAUUUCCUUUUGUUAUUAUAACACAUAACUUUUAUAACUUUGAAAAUAAAAUACACAUACCAAAAAGUUAUUUUAGAUUUUUUUUUUUUGUCUUUGGAUCCGCUCUUGAGUGUAGUGUAGUUUAUAUAUUAUACUUGAAUGUAAAAAAUAUUAUUUUUAUUAUGAUUUUUCUUAUUGUUAUUGUUACUUAUAAUUUUCUAAUGAUGUAUAACAAAACAUAAUUUAAAAAUAAAUAAUGUGCAAUGGAGAGUUCAAAUGUUGGCUAAAAGAAUAUAUAAAUUAUAAACAUUCNUUAUGUAUUUUGAACAAUACGAAUCCGAGUACAAAUGUAACUAAUUAAAGAAUGUACCGAUUGUACCGAUGUAACGAGUAUUUUGGAAUCAGUACUGUACAGUAACUGUACCGAUUAGAACGAUUCCACUAAAGGAAUGACAAUUUCCUCCACUUCACUAGAAUGGAGAGUUCAAAUGUUGGCUAAAAGAAUAUAUAAAUUAUAAACAUUCUUUCAAUUGAUUUUUAUCUUACGACUAACAAUUUUAACUAGUAUUGAGAUUUAAUUUUAAUGGAUACCUAUUGAAAAUUAAAAAAGUAUCCUGGAAAAUUUAAGGAAUGUGUUAACUUAAAAAUUGUGGUAAUCAUGAUCUACUUGAGAUUUAUUUUCAAUGACAUUAAGAAUUUAAUUAUUGAAAACAAUGUUAAUACAUAUUGAAGAGGGUAUUGAUGGGGAAUGUAGCUUAGAAAAAACUAGAUCAUAGUGCAUUAAAAAUGGAAGUAUUUUAUUUUCAUGGGGUUUAGAAUUUCUGGGAUAAACUGGAAAUAAAAUU